AUGGCUUUGGUUGGAGAGGCUAUUCUCUCUGCCUCCGUGCACGUGCUGUUUGACAAGAUUGGUUCCAGCGAGUUUGUGGACUUGUUCCGGAGAAAGAAACUGGACGAGUCGCUUGUGAAGAAACUGGAGAUAACGUUGUUGAGCCUUAAUGCGGUGCUUAAUGACGCAGAGGAGAAGCAAUUCCUGAACAGCUACGUGAAAGAGUGGCUUGAUAGGCUUCAAGAUGCUGUCUUUGAUGCGGAUGACCUUCUCGAUGAGAUCAAUGCUGAAGUUUUGCGAUGCAAGAUGGAAGCUGAAUUUCAAACCGUCACAAAUAAGGUGUGGAACUUCCUCCCUACUUAUCUUAAUCAUAAUUAUCAAGGCAUGAAUGGUAGGAUACAUAGGUUGCUUGAAAGGUUAGAGCACCUUGCAAAGCAAAAGGAUUUCCUUGGGCUGAGAGAAGGUGUUGUUUGGGGGAAGAGUUCACAAAGAACUCCAACAACUUCCUUGGUGGACGAAUCUUGUGUGUACGGUAGGGAUGGAGAUAAAGAAGAGCUGAUGAACCUCUUGUUAUCUGAUGAAGCAAGCAACAAGGAUGUAUCUGUCAUCACCAUAGUGGGAAUGGGUGGGGUUGGCAAGACAACCCUCGCUCAGCUCCUUUAUAAUGAUGACAAAGUGAAAGAGCAUUUUAAUCUUAGAACUUGGGCUUAUGUUUCGGAAGAUUUCGAUGUUACUAGGGUAACUAAAACUCUACUUGAGUCAGUCAGUUCAAAAGCUUACGAUAAUAAAGACCUGAGUUUUCUUCAAGUUGAGCUAGGACAACAAAUAAAGGGCAAGAAAUUUUUAUUUGUGUUGGAUGACCUUUGGAAUGAGAACUAUGGUGAUUUGAGUGUCUUGCAACGUCCUUUUGCAUCGGGGGCAAGUGGAAGUUGGGUCAUUGUGACAACACGUAAUGAAAGUGUUGCAGAUCGCAUACGCACCGUUCCGAUUCACUUUUUGGAACAGCUGUCCGAUGAGGACCUGGAAGAAGUUGGUUGUUACUUUCAAAACAUGCCUUUGAAAAUGGAAACUCGAGUGCACGCCUGGACCUGGAAGAAGUUGGGUUAUGAAUUUCAAAAGGAAGAUAUUGUUCUACUGUGGGUGGCAGAAAGUUUAAUUCCACAAGCUGAGAGUGAGAAAAGAAUGGAAGAGCUCACUAAGAAAUACUUUGAUGACUUAUUAUCACGAUCAUUUUUUCAAAGAUCAAGAUAUGAGAAAUCAGAGUUCACAAUGCAUGAUCUCAUCAAUGACUUAGCUAUGUCUGUGGCUAGGGAAUCCUGUUUGAGAUGGGAGGGGGGCGAAUCACAUGAAGUUUUGAAAAGAGUUCGGCAUUUGUCGUAUGCUAGAGGGGAAUUUGAUUGUGCUGCGAAAUUUGAGCCAUUAUAUGAGGUUAAGCAUUUGCGAACCUUCCUACCUCUAAGUUCACACCUGUAUCCGCAUUUUGUAAGUAAAAGGGUUUUAAAUGAGUUAUUGCCAAAUUUAACAUGUUUACGGGUGCUAACAUUGUCGGAAUAUGCUAAUAUUGUUGAGUUACCCAAUUCUAUUGGUAACCUCAUUCAUUUGCGCUACUUGAAUCUCUCUAAUACUGGAAUCAAAAGGUUACCUUCUACAGUUUGCACUCUUUAUAGUCUACGAACUUUACUAUUGGCAAGUUGUCGGUCCCUUUUUGAAUUGCCUGCAGACAUGAGAAAAUUGAUUAACUUGAGGCAUCUUGAUUGUAGUGGAACUCAAAUAAAAGAGAUGCCGGUGCAAAUGGGUAGAUUAAAAAGUUUGAGAACAUUGACUACUUUUGUUGUGGGGAAAUCUACUGGAUUGACUAUUGGCGAAUUGGGGGAGUUGUCCAAUCUUGGAGGAAAACUUUCAAUUUUGAAGCUUAAUAAUGUGGUUGAUGGUAGGGAUGCCUUGCAAGCUAAUUUGAAGAACAAAAAAGAUCUCAAGGAAUUAGAGUUGGCAUGGGGCUCCAAAGAUGCCGAUCAUUCCGAAAAGGUGAGAGAUGUACUUGACAACCUCCAACCUUGCAUGAAUUUGGAGAAAUUGACCGUCAAACUUUAUGGCGGGACCAGCUUCCCAAACUGGUUGGGAGACUCUGCCUUAAAGAAAAUAAAAGUUAUGCGCCUGGAAGGCUGUCAUUAUUGUUUCGAGUUGCCACCGCUUGGACAGCUACCUGCUCUUAAGGAGCUCUUCAUAUGUGAGAUGAAAUUUCUUAGGACGUUAGGUCCUGAGUUGUAUGGUCAGCCAUUUCAGCCAUUUCAAUCCCUGGAGAGGCUGGAGUUUAAGAAAAUGGAGGAGUGGGAGGAAUGGGUACCAAGUGGAAGUGGCGGUCCAGACUUUCCUCGUCUACAGGAGUUGAUUCUAAAGGAGUGUCUGAUGCUAAGAGGAAGCUUGCCUUGUGAUCUGCCUUGCUUGAAGAAGCUUAGCGUGAAUGGGUGUGGAGUUUUACAUGAUCAAAGGACCACUGCUACUACUAGUACUAGUACUAGUCUCAACUACAAUUCUCUUGAAGAAUUGGAAAUAGGAGAUGGAUGCCAAACAGAAUCGCUUUGCUUGAUUGAAGAAGAAGGAGCGGUCGAGAAUCUCAGUCAUCUCAAUAAGUUAAAUAUCUCAGGCUGUCCAAGUCUAGUGUGUUUUCCCCAGGGUGGAUUGCCCACUCCCAACCUGACGUCACUUCAAGUUGGGAAAUGCGAGAAGUUGAAGUCAUUACCUGAACGCAUUCACACCCUCACAGCCCUUGGAAAUUUGUUGAUAUUCAAUGUUCCAGAUCUGGAGUCAAUUGCAGAGGAUGGAGGUUUGCCUCCCAACCUCAGACAUUUUAGCAUUCAGAAUGGUGAGAGACUGAGGGCUUCAUCUUCAUCAGUGGGAGACUACUGUAACUGGGGUUUGCAAGCACUUGUCUCCCUUAAACAAUUUACAAUUGGUGGCAGGGGAAGUGAUGAAAUCUUGGAGAUGUUGCUCAAGCAACAGCUGCUCCCUACCACUCUUCACACUCUUAGGAUCUCUUCAUUAUCAACUCUGAAAUCUUUGGAUGGGAAGGGACUUGCACACCUUACUUUUCUUCGAAGUCUAUCUAUUACUGCGUGUAAAAGUCUGGAAUUCCUGCCAGGAGAGGCACUUCAACACCUCACUUCUCUUCAAUGGCUAAAUAUUUCCUGUUGUCCGAGUCUCCAAUUCCUGCCAGAAGAGGGUCUACCGCCAUCUCUUUCUUAUCUGAGAAUCUACAAAUGUUCCCGCUUGGAGAAAAGGUAUCAGAAUAAGACGGGACAAGAUCAUUGGGCCAGCAUAUCUCACAUUCCAUGCAUCCAGAUAAAUGAUGAAGUGAUCAUACGAUGA